ACUACUAAGCUGGACCUCGCCCGUUCUCCAUUCUCAUGACGUCUGACCUCCAUCUCCGCCUUCCAGAACCUGCGAAAUGGCGUCGCAAAGAAUAGCAGCGUCUUUGCGAACGCUGCUGAGGGCCGGUCCUCGAAACACUCCCAGCUACUCCACCUCGACCAUCAACGCGCGUUACCAGCCUUCUCUACACGCUUCCGGCACCUUACAACGAGCCCGCCCUACCACACGAACACAAUGGCACGACAUAUACCGCAGCGCACAACGAAACGCCUUCUCCUCAGCCUCCCGAACCCGACCUCGAAGCAACACAAACUGGCAGCGCGCCUGGCAGCAGUCGCAUAACCAACAAAAACGCCAAUAUGCCCGCCCCAUGUUCAACCAAAGCCAAUUCCAAAUGGCCUCAACUCUCCUCCGACGCUGGGCAGCCCGCCCAACCUUCUACUACGAAGUCGCCUUCCUCUCCGGCGGAGUCGUAGGAAUCUACAUUUACAACCUCGAAACAGUCGCCGUUUCCGGCCGGAAACGCUUCAAUAUUAUAAGCCCCGAAACAGAGAAAAAGAUGGGAAUACAAUCUUAUCAGCAAGUUGUACAAGAAUAUGGACGACAGAUUAUGCCGCCGAGUUCGAAGGAACAUCGCAUGGUGGAGAGGGUUUUGCAGAGGUUGUUGCCGCAUUGUGGAUUGGAAGGUGAGGAGUGGGAGGUUCAUGUUAUUAAUGAUGAUAUGAAGAAUGCGUUUGUGGUGCCUGGUGGGAAAGUUUUUGUGUUUCGAGGGAUAUUGGAUGUUUGUCAAGGGGAAGAUGGUUUAGCUGCUGUCUUGGGCCAUGAAAUCGCACAUAAUGUAGCUCAUCACGCUGCAGAGCGAAUGAGUCAAUCGGCGUGGAUGUUGCCUCUGGUGUUGGUCGGAUGGCUUUUUGGGAUCGAUCCGAAUAUUUCUGGGCAAGUGGGACAGAUUGCUUUCAGUUUGCCGGGAAGUCGGAGUCAGGAGCAAGAGGCGGAUUAUAUUGGACUGUUGAUGAUGGCAGAGAGUUGUUUUGAUCCGCAGGCGGCGGUGGGACUCUGGGAGAGGAUGGAGGCGGAGGAGAAGAGGAUGGGUGGGGCGCCGCCGCAGUUUAUGAGCACGCAUCCGAGCAGUCAUAAUCGGAUGGAGCAGAUUAGGGAGUGGUUGCCGAAGGCUGAGGCGAAGAUGGACGCGGCCGGAUGCUCGAAUGUGAAAGGCUAUUUGGGAGGUUUCACUCAGGCUGCUGACUUGGAGACAUUUGGCAUGAGUGGCGGUGGUGGCCGAUGGGGAUGAAGGACCUCCCUGUACUGGAUUGACGAUCCCCACUCAAGAAGUGGACCCUUCUUUACUCCUACGAUAACGAAGUUACACUAUGGCCUUAGCGCUGCUCGAUCUUCCACUGUGGACUGCGCGUUCGCACAAGCUCGAGGCGAGCAUAGCACUGGCCACCAGAACAUCAACAGCGGCAGCCCUGGCCGCCACGCAACAGGCACAUAUAGGAUUGCAGAAAGGUCUCAGCGAAAUCUCAAACAGUAUAUUCACGAAAACAGAGUUAUUCAUCUU